UCUGUCUUCAGUCCCGCAAUCUAGAUAAAAGGAAGACACUAAGCAUCUUAGUUCCUUUUAUUAAGUUUGGCUGAUAACAUCAGAGGGUUUUAUUCUAUCUUGGUAGGGACAUCAAGCCAGGACAAAAUAGUCAAGAAGCGAGGACCAUGAUAAAAUACCCUGACAGAAACAACUCAAGGAGAAAUUCCCUCAUAGAUCUCACUGUGCCAAAAGUAUCCAGGAAAACAUCCAAGAUCCUUGGUGAAUAUCACUGAAUCACUUACUAUUGUGACAGAAAUAUGGGGUCAUGUCUGUUUAAUCUACUUCCUUUGGUCAAGAGAGAAAAAAAUCUCAAAGAUUGAAGAAGUAGGCAUCACAGUGUCUUGGACGUUGGGGUAAGAGGAAAAAUCAGAGCAGUGGCAGUGGGCAGGAGACACAGAGACAAACUAAAUUUUCAGGGCAGUGGCCUAAGAGAACCUGAUGUGAGAGUUUUGCCCAGGACUUUAUGCAAUGAAAUCUGGAACUCAAGUCUGAGGCCAAUCUGAACAAAGAUGAGAAGAAGGCUGGAUGCUUUCGCCAAGAGGGGCAUGCCCAGGAGGUACUGUCUCCAUCUAAAUCAUUUACUUCACAGUGCUUUUCACCCCCUUUUUCAGAUGUUGCAAAGAAGCCUCUUUGGAAAUACGAACCAGGUCCUCGGCAGUGACUGGAGAAAGGCACAUUUCAAGUUCCAUGAUCCCUUCUCUGAUCUGGCUUUUGCUUUACAAGUCGAAAAGGGAGGUGCCCAGAGCAUUCAGAUGGCUGUUCAAGGAUCUAUCAUCAAAUAUUUACUGUUCGCAAGAGAAGGGAAAGACUGCAGCCUUCACAGCUUAUGUAACCUGAGCCAGCGUGAACAGGAGCGAGCCCUAGCUGCUGUGUUAGCGGGCAUCCUGUGGGCUGCAGGCGCAGCGCAGAAAGCCGUCGUCUGCUUUGUCACCGAAGACAUCCACGGCACUUCAACUCUCGACUGCUCCAGAGACAAUUCCAUUGAGAGGCUGCAGCUGUUUGAAUUCUCAGAGAAAGAAGCCACUGAGAAAUUCGUCUAUGAUCAUUUACAGCGUUUCCAAGGAGAAGGAAGCCAUGGUAUCAUCCUCUUCCUCUACAGCCUGGUCCUCUCCAGAACAUUUGAGAGGCUUCAGAAGGACCUGGAUAGCACCACCACUCACCUCUUGCAAUCUCAAGCUGGAGGCGUCUUGUGCAGGCAGGCAGUUUUGAACAUGAUUUUGACUGGGAGAGCAAGUCCAAACGUCUUCAAUGGCUAUGAGGAAGGAAGAUCUGAGGGAGCAUUACAUGGAGUCCUGACCCGCAGUGAUGUUGGCUACUUGCAGUGGAGUAAGGACACUUCUGAGGGUGACCAGCUCUCACAGGUGGGCAGCAGGCUGAAGACUCCUGCGUUUCCUAUCUGGCUGUGCAACAUCAACGGAAAUUACAGCAUCCUUUUCUGCACAAAUAGGCAGCUCUUAUCAGACUGGAAAAUGGAGCGCGUCUUUGAUCUGCACUUUUACAGUGGCCAGCCCUCCCAGCAAAAGCCUGUGCAUCUUACAAUAGAUACUCAUUCCCACCAAUGGGAAGGGGGGCACCAUGAAGAUAAACGUGGAUCAGGAAGACGGUUUUCUUCGCUGGAAAGUCUAAUCAGAACCAAAUGGAGAGAGGCUACCAUCAACUGGAAUGGAACUAUUCCCUUUUUCUAA